UGUGUUUUUUGUAUUGUGUUAUUAUUUGAUGAACAUGUUUGACACCCACAUCCUCUCGUGGCAUUUUUCUUCGUUCCGUGUUGACUUCUUCUUCUUCUUGCGCUGAUGUGGCAGUUUUGUCUAAAUGGCGACGCCUGUCGGUCAGACCGUGCAACAGCAUCCUUAGCACUGGUAGAAGCCGUGGCGACGUCACUGUUUGCGAACAACAAUGCUGCGGGUAUAGAUGCGACUAAGAGGAAGUGCAAACAACCAAAGCAGAGGAAACCACUGCAUGUGAGAUCCGCUGAUUAGUUUCUUCACACCGUUCGGAGUCCUUAAAGAUCCAUUACAGCCGCUGGGAGCGGACACUGGAAUUACACCGAGCUUUAGUUUCAUCCGCAUCCCUUGUCUGUAUCAGAGGAAACCAUCCAUCUGCGCCCCCGGUGACCCAGAAACGAAGCAGUCGUGUGACAGAUGGAGAAACAGGCCGGAGGUGCCGGCGCUGGGGACGGUGCAGGGGCGAACAGAAAGCCGUGGGGCUCGCCGACUUGCGGCGCGGCAGCCGGUGAUACCCUGGACAGUCCAACAGGUUCUCACGUAGAAUGGUGUAAACAGCUAAUAGCAGCCACAAUCUCCAGUCAGAUCUCAGGAUCAGUCCAACCAGACAUUGGGAGCAGGGACAUCAAGUUCAUCAGUGUGGAAAAGGACUCUCCCUUCAUUCUGGAUGUGAACCUGGGAGUCAUCAGCAGGAUCGAAUCUAUCAGUGUUCCCAACCAAGGAGAGAACAACAAGGGACUGGAGCUGGUCUGCAAGGACAUGAGGAGUCCCAGGUUUGCCUAUAAGAUGGAGGAGAGCCAGCCGGACGUGGUGGAGGUGCUGACCAAACAUGCCUUUCCUCUGUCCCACAGUCUGCCCUUGUUUGCCUUCCUGUACAAAGAGCAGUUUCCUGUGGACGGCUGGAAGGUGUAUGACCCAGCAGCAGAAUACAGACGUCAGGGGCUUCCUAAUGAGAGCUGGACCAUCAGUAAGAUAAACAGCACCUAUGAGCUAUGUGACACGUAUCCUUCCAUCCUGGUCAUCCCCACCAACAUCACAGAUGAAGACAUCAAACGAGUGGCUGUGUUCAGAGCCAAGCACCGUAUACCGGGAAAGGAUGGAGGGUAUGAAAGCGAGAGUUUCUACCCCAAUGUAGAGCUAAACUUCCUGGAAAUCCCAAACAUUCAUGUGAUGAGGGAGUCUCUCAGGAAGAUGAAGGAUGUCGUUUAUCCUACCAUAGACGAAGCUCACUGGCACUCCUUUAUCGACCAGACGCACUGGCUGGAGUACAUACGGCUGUUAUUAGCAGGAGCAGCAAAGGUAGCUGAUAAGCUGGAGUCUGGGAAGACGUCGGUGGUGGUUCACUGCAGCGACGGCUGGGACAGGACAGCCCAGCUUACCUCUCUGGCCAUGCUGAUGCUGGACAGUUACUAUCGCACACUGAGAGGCUUCCAGGUUUUAGUGGAGAAGGAGUGGAUUAGUUUUGGACACAAGUUUGCUGCUCGCGUGGGCCACGGUGAUGAGAACCAUGCUAACUCAGAGCGCUCGCCUCUGUUCGUCCAGUUUAUCGACUGCGUCUGGCAGAUGACUCGACAGUUCCCAGCAGCCUUUGAGUUCAAUGAGCUCUUCCUGAUCACCGUGCUGGACCAUCUGUACAGCUGUCUGUUUGGUACAUUCCUCUACAGCAGUGAACAGGAGCGGGCCAACCAGGAGGUUCCAGCCAAGACUGUGUCUCUCUGGUCGUACAUCAACAGCCAGCCCGAGGACUUCACCAACCCCUUCUACGUGGACUAUGAGAACCACGUUCUCUACCCGAUGGUUUCGCCCAGACACCUGGAGCUUUGGACCAGUUACUAUGCCCGCUGGAACCCACGCAUGAGGCCACAGGUACCAGUGCACCAGACUCUGAAGGAUCUGCUGAUCCUGAGAGCAGAGCUCCAGAGGAGGGUGGAGGAGCUGCAAAGAGAGGCUUCAUCCCACUCCCUGUCGUCCUCCUCGGACCACUCCCCGACACACACCACAGGAACCCCGCUGCACACGGCUGUCUGACAGGGACGGCCACACAUGACUGCUUUUAUGUGUUUUAACAAAGUUACACCAAAAUACUAAUUGACUGAUAUUUUUAUCAACAUUUCCAUUUGAGAAAAAUAAAAUAACUCCUCGAGAUAUUUGUAAAAUUAAAAAGCAUUUAGAAAAUGUUUUAAACUAGACCUAACUGAAGCGUCCUGUUAACUAUAUUUAUAUUGUUUUUAUUGCACUUCACAAGAGCAUGGAUUUUUUCUACUGUUCAACCAAAGCAUGUUAGAAAACAUGUUAAUAUAAAGUGAUUUGGGUUCAUUUUCUUGUUGCACUCUGUGGAUGUUGCACCAGUUCAACCUUAAAACUAAUUAUGUGAAUGCAAAGCAUGAAAAAUAAAAAGUUAUUCUUAUUCAGA